AUGUCAAAUUUUAACAUAAAUUCCUCUCCAUCUUCCCCAUGGCAAAUCCGAAGCUCCUUACAGGGUCCCGUUGCCAUCCUUUGGGACAUCGAGAAUUGCCCUGUACCAAGUGACGUGCGUCCGGAGGAUGUGGCCGGUAACAUUAGGAUGGCUUUACGGGUCCAUCCUGUAAUUGACGGAGCAGUGACAAUGUUUUCAGCAUAUGGAGAUUUUAACGCAAUUCCAAAGCGACUAAGAGAGGGGUGUCAGAGGACAGGUGUCAAACUCAUAGACGUUCCCAAUGGGAGGAAGGAUGCAGCAGACAAGGCAAUCUUGGUCGACAUGUUUCUUUUUGCUCUCGACAAUCGCCCACCCUCAUCAAUCCUGUUGAUAUCAGGAGAUGUAGAUUUUGCUCCAGCGCUUCAUAUUCUGGGUCAACGUGGAUACACUAUUAUCCUUGUUAUUCCAUCUAGGGUCGGAGUCUCGUCGGCUCUGAGUAAUGCAGGCAGUUUUCUAUGGGACUGGUCUAGUGUGGCUCGUGGGGAAGGGUUCGUGCCCCAGGCUAAGACCUCAAUUCCUCGUGUAGAUGCUGCAGGGUUUCCCAUGGGAUGCCCAAUCAACGAGUGUAUAGACAGUCCAAAUGAAGAAGAAGAGGAAGCAAUAGUAUAUAGAGGCGUCUCGAAAAGCUAUUGUAGUAUAUGGGAUUGCUCGAUAAUAUCAGAGUCUAUAUCUGAAUGUAAUGGUGAUUCAAUAUCUUUACCAAAAAAUCCUAUGACUUCAAAAUCACAAACUUUACCAUGUGGUCUGGACGACGUUUCAUUAGUGAAGCUGACUUCUAGUGACCCAAAUGACAAGACCCGUGUACAGUCGGGAGACCUAAAACAGCUGGGAGAUCUAAAUGUUUUGAAGGGACAACUCGUAAAGUUACUUGAAUUGUCCGGGGGAUGUUUAUCUCUAUUCCGGCUUCCAGGAGAAUACAGCAAAAUGUACAAGAAGUCUCUUUGUUUGUCUGAAUAUGGGGCAUCGAAGCUUGUAAAACUUCUAAAAAAGAUGGAUGAUUUGAUGAUUGUUGAGGGAGUAGACAAAGAGAGAGUCGUCUACCUCUGUAACUCAAACUCCAGACCAGAUAUUCCUUCCUUAAUUUUUGCAAAGAAGGAUACUGAAGAGAAAGGAGCUUCAGAGGAUAACCUAGACGUUAUGGCAGGCUCUGGAGCUUCAGGGGAAUUUCCCCACAGUGAAAGGUUGGUUGUAGAGGAACGUGGAGAUGAUAUGAGGAGACUCAAACUUGAGCAAGAUCUUUGUCAGAUGAUUUUUGGUGAUAUACCAGCAAAGAUAUAA